AUGGCCUACCGAAGUGCACCUUUGAAGAUUAUCACACAGAAUUGCAGAGGACUCAACAUCCCUGAACGUAGAACACACUUGCUACAAGAAUUGAGGAAAAAACAUGUAGCGAUAGCUAUGCUCCAAGAGACACACUUCAAGGAAGGGUCAACCCCUACACUACGGAAUAGUCAUUAUCCAAAUAAUUACUUCUGCAACCAUUCAACAGCCCAUAAAUCCGGAGUAGCCAUAAUACUAGCGGCUGAGUUGGAAUUUAAAGAAUUAGAACGAAUACAGGACUCACAGGGAAGAUAUCUCUUCCUUAAGGGCAUCAUAGCAGAUAAGAUAUAUACAAUAGCGACCAUCUAUUUGCCCAACCGGAGGCAGGCCCCUUUCCUCCGAAAUACUUUACAUCAACUGGAAGACUUCACAGAUGGGAUACUAUUGGUAGGAGGCGACUUUAACGCCCCGCUUGACCCAACACUGGAUUCCUCAACGGGUCAUAGUUGUCUUCCACAACACAGUAUCAGUUCCAUCCGAGAACUGGAGGCUCUGAGACUGGUGGACUGUUGGAGAACGCUUCACCCCACGGUGAAAGACUUCACCUACUAUUCUGCCCUUCACAACCGUUACUCUCGCAUAGACUAUCUCCUCAUUGCAGAGGAAGGUCUCUCCCACCUACUCGGAGCCGAGAUCACACCGGCCACUUGGUUGGACCAUGGAUCGGUCGAGAUGGAACUGAACUCCCCACUGUAUAGACCGAAGGCAUGGACCUGGAGACUUAAUGAAGCUCUACUGCUAGACCCGGACACCAAGGAACAAAUUCAUCAAGUAUUAGAACAAUACUUUAGAGAAAAUGACACCCCGGAGAUCUCCCCAAUAUCCGUAUGUGAAGCUCACAAGAGCGUGAUCUGCGGCACACUCAUACGCAUUGCUUCGCAGAAGCGAAGGCGCUCAUGCUUGAAAUGA